UUGCCAGCUGAUCUGGGAAAGGGCGGGGAGCUGUGUGUGUGGGAAGAUGUUGAUGGUUUGAUGAUAGCUCUGGAAUUUCUCUCAGUCUGCAGCUUUCCCUUCUCUGACUGUUUGACUCGACGUAUGCUGGUCCUGAGGGUAGAAUCGUAGCUCCCCCACCCUGGGGUCUGGAUCCCAUAGCCCGGAGAGAUAGAGGAUCCCAGGACGAAGGAGAGAAAGCACUGAGAGAGAGAGUGAGAGAGGAGAGAAUCUCAGACAAAGAUGUUGGUCAUCGUCUCCACGCUGGUGAGCCUGCUGCACCCGGUGCUGUCGGCCCUGUCGGGGGCUGUGCAAUGGCGGGGCCUGGAGCACUGGUUCUUCCUGCUGGGCCUGCGCCUGCUGGCCAUGUACUUCGCCAGCGCGCCGUGGGAGAGCGCACAGCAGGAUAUAGCGUGUGCCUGGAGCACCAGCCAGGAUGAGGAGACCCGGCACUUCUGCACCUCGGUCUGCUACAACCGCCACUUCCUGGACCCCGUCCUGCCCACCUGGGGCUUCUCCUUCCUCAUCGCCCUGCUCCCCAUCACCAUCAUCAGAAUGCUGUACCCCAAAAAGGAUCCCCACGGCAAGGGGGGGCAGGAGGUCGCUGCAUCGGCCACAUGCAACAGGGCCACCGAGCACACAUUGGUAGAAUCCUCCAGGGCCGCCAGACCCGAGCUAGUUGGGCAAUCCAACAUGGCCACUAAAUCCAACGUGGCUGCCAUGGCCCGGCUGAUGGGAGACUCCAACAUGGCCACCAACCCCAGGCUGGUUGGCGCGACCAAUGUGGCUGCCAGAGCCAACACGGUUGGGGUCAGUGGUGUGACCGGCUCCCCGGCAGGACCCGACAUGGCCGCCCAGCCGGCCUGGUGUGCCAGCGUCAUCACCGUGUGCAUUGCCGUGCUGCUGGCCACCGAGGUCGGAUUCCUGUGGGCCUUGCUGGCCCGGCAGCUGCCCAUGGUGUCAGGGUCUUCCUUCCCCUGCUUCCCCGGCCUCCUGGCCUGCCCCAGUGUCCUCGAGUGCGCCGUGCGGGGCCAGGCCGACAAGCACAUGGCGCUGGUCAUCUUGGCCCUCACGGCCUGCUUCAGCAUCCUGGUCUGCCUGACCUAUGGGGGCGUAUGGGUAGCCUUGGCCACCUGUUGCCGUGGGAGACAGGAGGGGGAGCGGGCCCUAGAGGGGGAACACCUGAGGUGCUGUGAAGGGUGGGAAGAGAGGGGGAUGGGGGAAGGCAGGAUGUUGAUCAUUGUCUCCACGCUGGUGAGCCUGCUGCACCCGGUGCUGUCGGCCAUGUCGGGGGCUCUGCGGUGGCAGGGCCUGGAGCACUGGUUCUUCCUGCUGGGCCUGCGCCUGCUGGCCCUGUACUUCGCCAGCGCGCCGUGGGAGAGUGCGCGGGACGAUCUGGCGUGUGCCUGGAGCCGCAGCCAGGAGGAGGAGAGCCGGCGCUUCUGCACCUUGGUCUGCUACAACCGCCACUUCCUGGACCCCGUCAUGCCCACCUGGGGCUUCUCCUUCCUCAUCGCCCUGCUCCCCAUCACUAUCAUGAGAAUGAUGUACCCCCAGGAAGAUAGUCAGGGCCCGGGGCGGGAGGAGGACACGGCGUCGACCAGACCCAACAUGGCUGCUGGGCGCAGGUUUGAUGGACAAUCCAACCUGGCCACCAAACCCAAGCUGGCAGGGGAAGCCAACACGGCUGCUAAAUCCAACAUGGCUGCCGAGCCCAGGCCGGUGGGAGACUCCAACAUGGCCGCCCCUCCCAAGCUGGUUGACACGACCAACACGGCUGCCGGAGACAACACGGUUGGCCUGAGUGGUGUGACCGGGCCGCCGGCAGGACCCAACAUGGCCGCCCAGCCGCCCUGGCAUGCCGGAGUCUUCACCGUGUGCCUCGCCGUGCUGCUGGCCACCGAGGCCAGUUUCCUGUGGGCCUUGCUGGCCCGGCAGCUGCCCAUGGUGUCAGGGCCCACCUUCCCCUGCUUCCCCGGCACCCCGGCCUGCCCCCCUGCCCUCGAGUGCACCAUAUGGGGCCAGGCUGACAAGCGCAUGGCGCUGGGCUCCCUGGCCCUCACGGCCUGCGUCAGCAUCCUGAACAUCUGA